CCCGCCCGUUGCCAGACGCGAACCAGACGCCCUCACCUCUCCGGUUGUUUACCCUCACUCCAACCGCUCGCGGUCGUGGUCACAGACACAGGGCGGCCGUUCUCUCUCCGUAUCUCCCUCUUUUUCUCCAGACCGGAGGCGGAUGGCCGGGCGGAGCAGCAGCCUCUCCACGGUCGCGUCGCACCGGAUGUUCGCGCCGGCGCACGCCGGCGUGGGCGGCGCCGACCACGGCGCGGAGCUCGACGAGGCCGACGUCAUCUGGGGCGGCGGCCCGGCGUCGUCGUCCCCGUCGUCGCCGUCGCCGUUCCUGCCCCCCGCCGCGGGGGCUGACCCGUACGCGCGGUCGCCGCCAGUGGCCGCGCCGUCCAAGCCCAAGCCGCGCGGCGGCCCGGGCCCGGCGUCGGUGCCGGUCAACAUCCCGGACUGGUCCAAGAUCCUCGGCGCCGAGUACGCCGGGAGCUGCGCGGGCGCGCGCGGGUGGGCGGCGCACGACGACGCGUUUGCCGAGGACGCGGCGGGCAGCGGGGGCCGCCGCUGGGUGCCGCCCCACGAGAUGCUGCAGUGCCGGGAGCGCGCGGCGGCGUCCUUCUCCGUGCGGGAGGGCGCCGGGCGCACGCUCAAGGGCCGCGACCUCCGCCGCGUCCGCAACGCCAUCUGGGAGAAGACCGGCUUCCAGGACUGACCCGGUGGCAGCAGCCUCGCAGCGAGCCAGCCACCGCCGCCCGCCGCCUACCUCGACGGCAAUGCCCUCCGCGGCCUCGUUGAUCCCGUUCUCGCCUUUGAGGAGGAGGGAGAGAGGAGCGUUCCGCUCUGAUUAGUGGCCUCAAUCAUUAUGGAUUGAUUCGAUGAGUUUUUUUUCUUUUCUUUUUUGCUUUAUUUUGUUCUCCGCGUUUAGUCGUGAUGGUCAAUGAGCAUGAGAGAGUAGAGAUGAAGGCCUCUGUUUUGGCAUUUUUCCCCCCGGAGAGGCCCGGUCGAUGUACUACUACCACUAGUAAAAUUAAUUCACCUUGGUUACUAGUAUUAAUGAUCUGCUUUUUUCUA